GAACUUAUCCUUUUAUUCUUUCUCUGUCCGGCGCUGUCCAGCAUGGAGCCUCCAGUGUAUUAUUCAAGGGCAGAGUUUAUCGAAACGGACACUGGCAACAAAGUUUCACGACGUGCUACCAUAGCUGGUCCUCAGAAUAUCAUACUCGGAGGCAAAACUAUCAUAUCCAGCGGGGCUAUCAUAAGGGGAGACUUGAGACGAACUGGUCCAGGUCAUGCAGUUGUAAUCUCUCUAGGCAGAUAUUGUUUGGUGGGAGAGGGAUGCAUUGUCAGGUAUGCUACGUUUGUCUCCAACCUGUCCUGCCCAGCAAAUGCUGUGUGUAGACCUCCGUACAAAACAUAUCGCGGUAACUUCAACUAUUAUCCCAUGAAAAUUGGAGACCACGUACAUAUCGGCACUAGCACCAUCGUCGAAGCCGCAACUAUUGGGAGUCACGUCGUCAUUGGUAAAAACUGUGUCAUCGGAAAGUUUACGAUCAUCAAGGAUUGCGCGCAGAUCGCGGACAACACAAUCGUACCCCCCAACACAGUCAUCCCUGCAUUGUCGCUUUUUGCAGGCUCACCAGGUCGCUUUAUGGAAGAUUUACCCGAAUCUACGCAAGAGAUGGUAGAAGCCCAGACGAAGCAAUACUACACUCGGUUUCAGCCAUUAGACCGGUGAUGAAACUUGACCGGCCAACCACUCUUUUAUGUCUAUUCUCUAGGAUCUUUUGGGCUCAAUCAACGCAUGAACCACCAUAGACUGAAUUAUCACUGUAUAACUAUCCAGUACUUUUCCAUGACAUGUAGAUAAUGAUAUUCUAUCUGACCACGACUCGUUGGGAUUCUGCCAGGAUUCCGACUCAGAUGUCACGUCAAAUUCUAUGCAGAGAAUACAUGUAAAAAGUUGGAACAAGGAGCUUUGGCCUUCCAUCAGUACAUUCUCUUAAGCCCCUGAGGUUCGCGUCCUUUAUGUUGACCAGAAUUCUCUGAUAACCCAUUUGCCUAUCUUAUCACCAACACGUACGUUCCCUUCCACUUUGAUUUCUGAACCCUCCAGACUAUCACCUAUAGUAUAAAUCACCUUACCCCCAUCAGUUCUCCAUGCCCAGUCCCAUCCUACACCCAAUUUCCACGGUCCGAUUAUAGCCACAAAUGCAUCCCCAUCAUCCCUCUCCAAAAUUGCGACUCGUGUUCCCUUCCGAAUGGACUCGUCCAACCAGAUCUCCUCAUACUCCUCGACGCAGCCUGUGUCAGGAUUCUUCAUGCGUCCUCGCUCGACACAUCUCAAAGGAUCUUCAGGACGAAUGACAACGAUGCCUUCGUCUACGUCAGGAUUACGAGACCGUGAGUCCACGAAAUGUUUCCAUGUACAAUGUGCUGAUCCAUCCCCAAGGUCUUUGCUAGUCUUUAUACCAGCAGAUGCCCAAUCCAACUCGUCUGGCACGCUGUUUUUCUUUACGCGUACGUCUACGAAGUAUGUGUGUCCAGUGAGGACAAUUGUGUCAGUGUCUUCGUAUGGUGGCCCUUCGCCCCAUGCCAUGCUAACGCGCCUUGAGACGGACAUCAGGGCGAUAAGAUAUGUUUGAGAGCUGAAUUUGGACACACUGAGUCGGCGU